GACUGGUGGGCGGCGAGGGGGGGAAAGCCCCGGAUGUUCGUUGGGGAUUUAACAUGGCGGCGGCAGUGGCCGCGGUGGCGGCGGCGCAAGACAGCUGAGGGCGGUGUGAGGGCUCGGAAUCCCGGGUCGAGCAGCUAGGCCGCGAGCGACUGCAACGCCGAGCCGAUGAGUAACUCGAGGCCCCAAGAGGAGACGUCACCUGCCCGAGGGCACUUCUAGCACAGCCCGCAUCAAACCAGGCCUGCUGACAGGAGCCCAAGUCUACGCCCUCGGGGUGCUGAUAGCCGCCUUAGCACCAUGUUUGGGAAGAAGAAGAAACGGGUCGAGAUCUCUGCGCCAUCCAACUUCGAGCACCGCGUGCACACGGGCUUCGACCAGCACGAGCAGAAGUUCACGGGGCUGCCCCGCCAGUGGCAGAGCCUGAUCGAGGAGUCGGCUCGCAGGCCCAAGCCCCUGGUGGAUCCCGCCUGCAUCACCUCCAUCCAGCCCGGGGCCCCCAAGACCAUCGUGCGGGGCAGCAAAGGCGCCAAGGAUGGGGCCCUCACGCUGCUGCUCGACGAGUUUGAGAACAUGUCGGUGACACGCUCCAACUCCCUGCGGAGAGACAGCCCACCGCCACCUGCCCGUGCCCGCCAGGAAAAUGGGAUGCCCGCAGAGCCGGCCAGCACGGCCAGAGGGGCCCCGGAGAAGGCGGGCAGCCAAGGCCGGGGUACCGGCCGCAGUGAGGCGGGUGGCAGCAGUGGUGACAGGCGGCGGGUGGGGCCAGAGAAGAGGCCCAAGUCUUCCAGGGAGGGCUCAGGGGGACCCCAGGAGUCCUCCCGGGACAAACGCCCCGUCUCUGGGCCUGACGUCGGCACCCCGCAACCUGCCGGUCUGGCUGGUGGGGCCAAAGCGGCAGCUGGUCGGCCCUUUAACACGUACCCGAGGGCCGAUACGGACCACCCGGCCCGGGGUGCCCAGGGGGAACCUCACAACCUGGCCCCUAACGGGCCAUCAGCAGGGGGCCUAGCGGUCCCCCAGUCCUCCUCCUCCCGGCCUCCCGCCCGAGCCCGCGGACCCCCCAGCCCGGGAGUGCUGGGCCCCCAUGCCUCUGAGCCCCAGCUGGCUCCUCCAGCCCGCCCCGUCGCUGCCCCCGCCCCCGCUGGGCCCCCAGCCCCCGGGCCCCCUGGGCCCCGCUCGCCGCAGCGGGAACCCCAGCGAGUGUCACACGAGCAGUUCCGGGCGGCCUUGCAGCUGGUGGUGGACCCCGGCGACCCUCGCUCCUACCUGGACAACUUCAUCAAGAUCGGCGAGGGCUCGACGGGCAUCGUGUGCAUUGCCACCGUGCGCAGCUCGGGCAGGCUGGUGGCCGUCAAGAAGAUGGACCUGCGCAAGCAGCAGAGGCGCGAGCUGCUCUUCAACGAGGUGGUGAUCAUGCGGGACUACCAGCACGAGAAUGUGGUGGAGAUGUACAACAGCUACCUGGUCGGGGAUGAGCUCUGGGUGGUCAUGGAGUUCCUGGAGGGCGGCGCCCUCACUGACAUCGUCACGCACACCAGGAUGAACGAGGAGCAGAUUGCCGCCGUGUGCCUGGCCGUGCUGCAGGCCCUGUCUGUGCUCCAUGCGCAGGGAGUCAUCCACCGCGACAUCAAGAGCGACUCCAUCCUGCUGACCCACGACGGCAGGGUGAAGCUGUCAGACUUCGGGUUCUGCGCCCAGGUGAGCAAGGAGGUACCACGGAGGAAGUCACUGGUUGGCACGCCCUACUGGAUGGCCCCAGAGCUCAUCUCUCGCCUUCCCUAUGGGCCAGAGGUGGACAUCUGGUCUCUGGGGGUGAUGGUGAUCGAGAUGGUGGACGGGGAGCCCCCCUACUUCAACGAGCCGCCGCUCAAAGCCAUGAAGAUGAUUCGGGACAACCUGCCACCCCGACUGAAGAACUUGCACAAGGUGUCACCCUCCCUGAAGGGCUUCCUGGACCGCCUGCUGGUGCGUGACCCGGCCCAGCGGGCCACGGCGGCCGAGCUGCUCAAGCACCCGUUCCUGGCCAAAGCGGGCCCGCCCGCCAGCAUCGUGCCCCUCAUGCGCCAGAACCGCACCAGAUGAGGCCCAGUGCCCUGUCCCUGAACCAAAGAGCCCCUUGGGUCACCCCUGCCCCGCCACGGGCCAGUGGGGGGCCGGCCCCCACUCCUCCCCACCUGGGAGACACUCCGUGGCACCGCCCUCCUGGCCGGGGGUCGGGGAGCGUGCAGGACCCUACUACUGAACUCCAGGUUUGAUUUUGUGACUUUAAAAAAAAAAA